ACUUUGAAUCGGCGAAGGACUUUAAUCUUUGACACUCUCAAUAAUUGAUCAUAUGAUUUAAAACAUUUAUAACUAAUUACGAAUUGUAAAUACAAUGAAUUAAGCGAACAACAAUAUCUGCGGACGUGCAUUAUAUAUUUUCCUUAUCUGUAUGACUUGUGAUACCUAAAUUUGUAUUUGUUUUAAAAAAUUAAAUAUUUAUCUGCUAUUAUUAUUGCGAUAAUGGUUGUGUUAAGAAUUCUUUAUAGAAAUUUUCGUAUAUCAGAGAGGCGUUUUUCGGCAACAUCUGUAAACAGGGAUAAGUAUAGUUGUAAGAUAUUGGUUGUUGGUGGUGGUGCAGGAGGCUGUUCGACAGCAGCAAAAUUUGCAAGAACUUUGAAAAAAAAUGAGUUGAUUGUAUUGGAACCAAGUGAAUAUCACUACUACCAGCCUCUGUUUACAAUAAUAGGUGGUGGAACCUCCACAAUACAGGAAGCCAGGAGAAAAGAAUCGGAUGUCCUUCCCAAAAAUUGUACGUGGAUAAAAGAUAAAGCAGCUUUGUAUGAUCCCGACAAAAGUUUUGUGACUACAGAAAAAGGAGAUGUCAUUGAAUAUGAUUACAUGUUGAUUGCAGUAGGAUUGGAACUUAGAUACGACCUGAUUCCAGGAUUACAAGAAGCUUUGGACAAAUCCAGCAAUGUAUGCUCAAUAUAUUCACCUAAAUAUGCCCCGCAAGUUUUUGAAGUGUUGAAGAAUUUGAAAGAUGGUGCUGCACACUUUACGUUUCCUAAUUCACCAGUAAAAUGUCCGGGAGCGCCUCAAAAAAUUUGUUAUAUAUCCGAUCAUUAUUUAAGAAAGCAAAACAGAAGGGACAACGUAAAUAUAACCUAUAACACCUCUCUUCCUGUAAUUUUUGGUGUGAAGAAAUAUGCAGAUGCUCUAUGGAAACUAUGCAAGUCACGAAAUAUCGAUGUAAACUUGAGAACUAAUUUAGUAAACGUAAAUUCGGUUAAUAAUGAAGCAACUUUUCAAAAUUUGGAUAAUCCUGAUGAGAAAAAAACUGUUAAGUUUUCCAUGCUUCACGUUGUACCCCCAAUGGCAACGCCACUUUCGUUAUCAAGUAACAAGAAAAUUUCAAACGAAGCGGGAUUUGUGAAUGUCCAUAAACAUACACUGCAACAUAUUGUAUACCCGAAUAUUUUUAGUAUUGGUGAUUGUGCGUCUACCCCGAACUCAAAAACGGCAGCUGCUGCAGCUGCUCAAACCGAAGUGGUUUUCAGAAACCUCAGCGCAGUCAUGAAUGGUCAAUCCCUACCUCUUUCUUAUGAUGGGUACGCAUCCUGUCCAUUGGUUACAGGAUAUGAUAAAUGCAUUUUAGCCGAAUUCGAUUACAAUUUAAAUCCACUGGAAACGUUUCCGUUUGACCAAGAUAAAGAGUUAAGAUCUAUGUACAUCUUGAAGAAAAUAUUUAUGCCACAGUUAUAUUGGAAUUUGAUGUUGAACGGUUAUUGGAAUGGACCUGCUCUCUUUAGAAGGAUAAUGCAUCUGCAGUUUAUGGAUAAGAAGCCCCCUGCGAAAUCCUAGGACUGAAACUUUACAUUUGUUUCUACUAUUGUUAUUGUUGAUAUUUGAUUAUUAAAUUUUAUAAUUAUACAAA